UCAUACUGACUGGGACUGUAUCCGCUGACGACGUUCGCCGUCGCCGUUUAUCGCUGCCAGAAAAGUCCAAUUCCGAUUAAACUAUAAACCGUUUUUCUCAGUAGAGAAAUAACAACGUUCGUGUACGGGUGUGAUUUUUAAACCUGUCCGGCUCUGCAUUUAUAUAUUUUCAAAAAGAAAAGAGCGAAACAAAAAAAAGAAGUCUUUGUCAUUGUACAUCACGCAGUUUUUAUUUUUUGUCGUGUAUUAAAAUAAUAAUAAAUAAUUAUUUUUAAUAGCCAUUAUAUUGGCUGUGUAGUGGCUUUUUGGCUUGUAUAUGAAUUUAUUUGUGCUUGAGUGUAUAUUUGUGUAUAUAGAUACAUUCACAUCUGUGAAGAUACAUUUGUAUCUAAGUUUUUAACGAUCGUGUGUUGUUUUUUUUAUUGGUAUUGUGCUUUUGUAAAGAAGCGGCUUUUUUAACUCCAGGUAUACUCGUACCUAUCGGUCGUAAAUCGAAUUCAAUCCACACGACGACGAGACCUAACCUACAUUUUCUCAAGUACCUAUACCUACCCGCACUAUUACUAUACUAUACAUAUACCUGGGUUUUUGAUUAUAACCUAACUCUUUCAAGCUGAGUAGAGUCUUUAACAGUUGUGAGUUUGUGUUUAUAAUUUCAAUUAUUGUCGGUUUUAUAUUUCAAUGUUAUUAUAAAAUUCCGCCGAAUGUUAUAAAUAAUAAAAACCAUUAUUUAAAUUAAUUUUAUUAUUGAAAACUUGAAAAAUAACAACAAAAAAUCGGUUUUAAAUUGAAUCACGAUCGAAAUACUUCUUGUGCCUUUGUAUGUCAGAAGAUAUAUGUGAUACCUAUAGAUACAUUUUGAAUAUAAAUCUAAAGUGAAUCAUCAUCAGUUUUUUUUUUUAUUUUGUUUGUGAAAAGAUUUCCAGGUGCUCGUUGGGAGUCAACCUUGGUAUGCAAAAUUGCUCAUCGCACUUAUAACCAGUCGCUAUAAAAAAUAAAAUAAAAAAUAAAUAAAACAUCUUAGGAUAAUGUUUGUCAUGAGAAUCAACAAGAACAACGCACUCCCUCACUCACCCAUCUAGGCAGUCAGCCAGAAAAGCAAAAACAAAAACCCUUUCACAAUCAUCUGAAACUGAUAAAAAAUAAAAAGCAAAACAUACUCAAGGCGGAUAAGAAAAGAACGAGAGGAGCUUGUGUUCCAUUGGAUCACUUUUUCAAAACAAUCACAGCUACUGCGGGUAUAGUUGCCUUAUGGAGCUCGUGGCGGGAAGUUGAAGAAAGAAAUCUAGAACUCGAUGUGAUUAAAAUUCAAGUGAUUCUGUUUUGAAUUUUUGUAUUCGAAAUACAUGGAAGUGAUAAAGUUUUUAUUAAUGUCUCCAAGAAUUCUUUGAUUUUCUGGUAUUUUUAAUUUUACACAAAAAUGAAAAUAAUUUACUUUGAAUUUAAAUAGAGUAAAGUUUUCGAGGAACAGAAAACCUCUAAAAAUUGUGCUUAAAUUCAAUGUGCUAAGUGUUGAAAAAGGUGUUUUCAUUUAUAUUAAAGUUAUAAAAAAUAAAAUAAAUUAAAACCUUUUGUUGGAAACGAAGUAUAUUGGAUACGAAAAUGGGAUUACCAGGACCAAACUAUGCGAUAGUGCUAUGGAGUUUCGUAUUUCUUUUUAGCAGCUGUUAUGCAUUUCCAAAGCCUCAAUCAAAUUUUGAAGAUGACAAUGAAUUUGCAUAUUUUGCUGCAAAAAGAGGAGCUCCUCUCAUAACACCCACUCUAGCAGAUGUAGUUCUUGAUUUUCGAUCAAAUUAUACAUUACGCUGUGAAUCUAAGGAACCCAUCACAUGGCGACCAUUUCCGUCAAGUUCUUUGGAACUUAAUAGUUCACCUUAUAAUACACUGGAUAAUGACAAGCCAUAUGGAAGUAUGCUAUAUUUGACAGAUGUGACAGCUGAAUACGUUGGAUAUUUCUAUUGUAUAAAAGAAAGGGAACUUAACGAAGAAGCUGAUUUCGAUAUGAUGGUUGAAGACUACAAAGCUGCUAAAAUUUAUAUUUUUGUUAACGAUGAAAAUACGCUCUUGGUGCCGAUGUCAGUGCCUAUUAUAAAUGCAAAUCAAUAUGAAGACAUCGUGAUUCCCUGCAAACCAACAAUGCCAGACACUGUAGUUGAAUUAAUCACGAGUGACCAACAGGUAUAUUCGAGUGAAACAAGCGGCCGAUACGAUCCAAAACGUGGUUUUGUUGUACAAAUACAAAAACUAUCCGAAGCCGGCCAUUAUUCAUGUAGACCCCAACAACCAUCACCUGAAAAUGAAGAAGAAGAACUCUACUUUGUGAUCCUUUAUAGUGGUAACGAAUCUAAUGAUCGUGAGUUGGCACCCAUUUGUGAUGUUUUCCCAAUAAACAAUAGAAAUAACCGUAACAAUACUAUUAAUUGCACAGUAUUUGCCAGCGAGAUACCGCUAAAAAUAAAAAAUAACAACAACUACACUUUAUCUAGUUUAAGUCCAGUGAAUAACACACAUUUCUUUUCCCAAUCUAACAACAACAAAAACGACAACAACACAAAUCCGUCCGACAUUUUGAGUGUUGUCGAUGUGGUUAACCCGGUUGUGGUGGUGGUAUCGCGAAAAUCACGCUCCUCAUCGCCAUCUUCGACAUUGACUUUGACAACAGCAAGGCCAACAACACGUCACUACCAACAAAAACAAAAACAACAACAACAACAAAGUUCUGUUGGUGACCGUGGCCGUGGCGCUAGUAGACAUAUCGAUACUACAGAAAGUAAUGGCGGCCAUGACAGUGACAACAUUGACGAUGAUGGUGAGGCUGAUGUUGAUGUUGAUGAUGAUGAUAGUGGUGAAAAUGGUGAAAUUAAUGGUGGUGGUGAAGAUGUCAAAAAUUCUGACACUACUACUAGAAAAUAUUAUGGUUUGGGCCGUAAAGCAUCUGCAUUGUCAACGUCUAAUUUUGAAUUUACUGUUACAACUGAGUCUAGUUAUGGUGUUAGAAUGGGCAAACGGCAUACGACUAGCUCGAAUCGAGGUAGAUCGCAUAAAAGCUAUGGCAGCGGUACACCAAGACCACGGUCCAAGACAACACAUGUUGCAAAACCACAAAUUCAUUCAAAUCUUGAUGGACAUGCAGUUGAAGGUGAAACAUUUAAUUUGACAUGUUCGGUAGAGACGUCAUUUGAUGUUCGUUUUUUGAUGAGAUGGGAAACACCAUUAGACAAAAAUUCCCUGGAUAGGUUGUCAUAUACAAAUGCCACCAUCGAUCAUAACGAGAAAACUCGUCAUAUUGGGAAAAGUUUCUUGACUGUAACGAAUGCUCAAAAGAGCGACGAAGGCUUUUACAAAUGCAUAGUUCAGGAUCAUUCUGGAAAUAUUGCUCACAACACGUACCUAAUGACGAUUUUAAAAUCUGGUGAAAGUUACAUAAAUAUGAGCGAACCUAACAACUACUACACGAUAAAAACAAACGCUUCCAAAAACAUUAUGAUGAACGUUAAUUAUCGAGGUUUUCCAAUGCCUAGAUUUAACUGGUAUGCCCCGGAGGGAAAACUCAUUCAACCGAGCAAGAAAUAUGAGAUCAACAAAACCAAUUCUUCCAUCAGUUUGCAAAUCAACUUUGUUGAACUCUUCGAUACUGGGGACUAUGUGCUCAAGGCAAGUAAUGGCGUCGAUGAGAAGGAACUGAAGUUUACACUUUACGUCAAAGCUAAGCCACAAGUCAGUAUUGAGAAUGUUUACGUUCAAGCCGGUGAACAAGCAAGGCUCUUGUGUAAGACCCACGCUUAUCCAAUUGCAAAGAUUAUUUGGAAUUACACUGCUUGUAACAUAAGCCCAAAAUGGCCUUCAUGUAAAAAUGAACCUGUCACUUUUAAUUCAACCCGAAACUCAUCUGAAACGUCAAAAAUCGAGAGGAUCAACGAGUUGAUCUUUAAACCAGACCGUCCCGGAAAAAUGCAAUGUACUGCAAUCAAUGAACAGGGCAUCAGUUCCAACGAAGGCUAUGUCUUGAUUGGAGACAUAACAGACAAUAUGACUGUCUAUGGAGUCGAUGAGAAUCUUCAAAUUGCCAAAGGUGAUGAGGUGAUCAUAACUUGUGCAGCUCUGGCCUAUUACUACUCUGCUGAUCUGGAUUGGUUCAAAGAUAAUCAAAUGAUCACGAAUAGCAGUGGAGUCGAAAUAAAGACAACAUUUUCUGAUUAUUCUUACAAGAAAACCAUAAAAUUCAAGAAUAUCGAAGACGAACAUGCUGGAAGCUAUGAAUGUCGAGCUAGAAGGGUUGACAACGAUGUAGAUUUUGACAGCAAAUUUCUUAGCAUCAUUGUUCACGAACCUGCUGCUCCAGUUAUGGUCCAGACCAAUCUGGGAGAUCAGCAUAAGCGGGCUCUAGGUGAAUCACUUGAGCUUGUUUGCAAAUCUGAGGGAAUACCCAAAGCCAGCAUCACUUGGUAUAAGGAUGAUGAAAAACUGAAUGCUGGUAAAAAUGUCCUAAUCUUGGAAGAUAAUUCAGUCUUGAAAAUACCUUACAUCAAGCCAAAUGAUGAAGGGCUAUACAAGUGUGUUGCUUCGAACCGUUUGGGAGACGCUGAAUCAAGUUCACAAGUCAAGAUUACAAACAUGCCUGGAUUGAAAACUGGAUGGAUAAUUGCGAUAGUAGUCUUCAUGGGAAUUCUCAUAAUCUCCGUCAUUUUGUUGGUUAUUCGAGUUUUGAAGGAAAGAGAAGUCAUGCGUCAAAUGAAACUAGCUGGACUGGCUAAUUUCGAAGAAGGUGCUCUUGAACAAAUCAAUCCAGCAAUGUCAUUGGAUGAACAAGCUGAUUUGUUGCCUUAUGAUCGACGUUUUGAAUUUCCACGGCAUAAAUUGAAGUUGGGUAAAAAACUUGGUGCUGGAGCUUUUGGAGUUGUCCUUAAGGCUCAUGCCGAAGGAAUUAUCCCCGAAGAAAAUGAAACUGUUGUAGCUGUCAAAAUGGUCAAACGCACUGCUGACAAUGAAGUCAUCAAGGCUUUGGUGUCAGAAUUGAAGAUCAUGGUACAUCUGGGUCAACAUUUAAAUGUUGUCAAUUUGCUUGGAGCUGUCACUAAAAAUAUUGCUAAACGUGAAGUAAUGGUGAUUGUUGAAUACUGUCGUUAUGGCAACGUUCAGAACUUCUUGUUGCGCAAUCGGAAACGGUUUAUAAAUCAGAUCAAUCCAAUCACGGACAAAAUUGAUCCAACAAUUGUCGAACAAAGGUUUUCGGGUGGUGAUUUCGAGUUGAAUCGAGAUGGGCUUAAAUAUGUAAAUCUCUCUUUUUCACAUCAAUAUUUAAACAACAAUAACAAUCAUAGAAAUUCUGAGAACGAUCCAAGAUCAGGAACUCGAGCUGGUCGACCAAAUUCUAGUAAUUACUUGAGACAGUCUGAUUUGUAUGAGGGUCAUGUUGAUAGUUGUGCAACUGAACAAACCGUAAUGACAACAGUCCCAGAAGGUGAAGAUCAAGUUAUGUCAAAUAAUUCAGUUCAACCAGCAUGGAGAUCAAAUUACAAACCCGAUUCAACUGAAGCAAUGUCAAUCAAUACGUCAGAUCUUGUAAGUUGGGCAUUCCAAGUGGCACGAGGUAUGGAUUAUCUGUCAUCAAGAAAAGUGCUUCACGGUGAUUUGGCUGCAAGAAAUAUUCUACUCUGUGAUGAUAAUGUCGUUAAGAUUUGUGACUUUGGACUUGCCAGAUCAAUGUAUAAGAAUGACAAUUACAAGAAGCAAGGUGAAGCACCAUUGCCAAUUAAAUGGUUAGCCUUGGAGUCACUAAGUGACCAAGUCUUUAGCACUUAUACUGAUGUUUGGUCAUUUGGUAUUGUGCUAUGGGAGUUCUUCUCACUGGCAAAGGUGCCUUAUCCUGGAAUGGAUGCAAAUCAAACAUUAUACUUGAAACUUAAAGAUGGCUAUCGAAUGGAGAAGCCACCUUAUGCUAAUGAAGAAUUAUAUGAUAUUAUGUUGGAAUGCUGGAGUGCCAAUCCAGAAAGUCGACCACUUUUCCAUGAAUUGGAAAAGAAAUUCGCCAGAUUGUUGGGAGAUGAAGUGACAAGUCACUACGUUGAUCUAAAUGAGCCCUACUUAAAAAUUAACACCGAACACCAGCAACAAUCUGAAACAGAUUAUUUGGCAUUGAUGGGUUCUCCAGACGAAAUGGCACCACCUCCACCAAGAUAUGUCAAUGGAAUGAUAUUACCAGAAAUUCGAAUCGAUCCAUCAGAUGACUAUCUACAAAUGAGUACUAAAACAGGUAGUGCUAUAUUUUCACCUCGCCCCAAUGACGACUAUGUUAAAGCUGAUAAUUUUACGUUCUCAGAACAACACUCGCCAACAAUCUCAAACAAUCUAGACAGUCCAGUGACGAAGAAUAGGAAGAAAGUUGGAGUUCCACCCGAAGAAAUUCCCAUGCUACAGAAAUCCUCGAAUGGCAUCAAUCAAACGUCAGGAUCACAAUCUGAUUCCGAAACCGAACAGAGCCCUGAUGCAAAAUCAGCUGGAAAGACUUUUGCCCAAAUUACCCGCAGACCUAUAGAAAAAGAAACAUCCCUAAUAGACACCACCGAUGGCAAUUAUGUGAACGUUAAGGCGGCAACAGAUUUAAGUAAGAAGUUCAUGAAUAGUAAUGGCACCAAAGAUGCUUUCUCUAAUCCCAGUUAUUUGAUGUUGAAGAGUGUCAAUGAAGGCCGAAAGUAAUCUAAUCAAAGUUGAAAAGUAUAAAUGGACUGAAUUAGCACUAAAUAUGGCCAAACAGAAUUAUUGGAAAGGGGAUUGAAAGAAGUCCCUUAUGCGUGAUGAUGCAAAUUGGUCAACCGCUCCAUUUUUAUAGAAAUGUAGUUAUUCUAGUCUUAAGUCUAGAAAAUAUUUUUUAUAUAAUAUAAUUUAUAAUUUAAGAAAAAUCGCCUAAAUUAUUAUAAAUCCACCAUUUACAAAAAUUGUCUCACUAAAUUUUCUAAGCACAUUAAUAACAUCACCAUCACCAUUACCAUCCGAUGUUAAGCAAGCCUAAGGCCUAUAAAAUAGAAAAGUUGCUUAUCAUCUGCAUUACUCUGAUAUUUGUUUAUGGUGUCAUCAUAAUGACGUUUUGAGAAAAAACACAACUGAAUUUUUAUUUUUA